AUGAAACUUAUUUGGUCACCGGAAACAGCAUCAAAGGCUUACAUCGACACCGUCAAAUCGUGCGAGAGUCUUGGAACGCCGGGAGCGGCGGAGCUAGUGGCGGCGAUGGCGGCAGGAUGGAACGCGACGCUAAUAGUGGAAACAUGGUCAGAAGGAGAAACAAUAGCCAUAAGCGUUGGCUUAAAUGUAGCCAGUAAACACACAAACGCAAGACACAUUUGCAUCGUACCAAACGCGAGAUCGAAAACCGCUUAUCUACAAGCCAUGACACAACAAUCUUGCUCAAACUUGCCCGAGACAAUCAUCAUGAACGACGAAGAAGAAGAAAACUCCGAGAGCACGAUCAUGCAGAAGCUACAAGAAAUCGAUUUCUUGGUCAUCGAUUGGGACCAAAAGGAGUUCGCGGCAAACGUUUUGAGAAACGCAGUUUUCGGUAGCAGAGGAGCGGUCGUGGUGUGCAGAAGCGGUUACAGGAGAAGCACUUCUUGUUUCAGUUGGACGAAAGCGUUUAGCGACCGGAAAGUCGUGAGAACGGUGACUCUUCCGGUUUCCGGUGGCUUAGAAAUCGCUCACGUAGCAGCCGCAAGAAGCUCUGGGAAGAGUGAGAGUAACAUCAACAACAAGAGAAAAUGGAUCAAGCAUAUUGAUCAAAGAUCAGGAGAAGAACAUGUCAUUAGAAAGUAA